AUGGUACGUAUAUGGCGCAUGGUAGCUGUCCUUAAAGAUGUACCUAAUUCUCCGUUUGAUCUUCUUAAGAAUCCAGAAAUGGAUGCUGUUAGAAUGGGACUUUUUCCCAGCUUGGAUUAUAAAGGCCUUUACAAUUCUCUCAUUCCUUUAAUAGAAGUUGCUCCAUUUAUCAAUAAUGGGAUACUACCUUUUGGUCAAUCAAUUCUACAAAUUCUUGGCUGUCUUUUACCGUUUCUUGAACACGAUCUUAUAGAUAAUUUGCCGUAUCUAGCAGCAUCGUCUAUAUCUGUACUUCCUCACCACCUCCAUCAAGAAAUAAUUAAUACUUUGUGUUUUUAUAUUCUUCCUUUUACAAUAAACCCGACGCCUUUUGUUUGCCAACGAGACAUGUGUCCAAAUACCGGAAACGCUGAAGCUGCUAAAGUUUGUUACGAUCACUGCAUCUCAAUAACCUUUGCAAGUGAUACACCACCACCUCUGUAUUUAUGCAUUGAGUGCGCAAACGAAAUCCAUCGGGAACAUCCAAACCAAAUGUUUUUUGAUAUCUUACAUCCAAUGCAACAAGUUUCUAUGGUUUGCGAGAAUAAGAACUGUCGCUCAACUGAUAAAUCUGCAAUAUCUAUUUGUUUUUCUACUGAAUGUGCUAGCUAUAAUGGAAACCAUCCUAUAAGAUACUGUGAACAAUGUCAUAAUAACAGACAUAAUAAUAGACGUGGUGGAGAUCACGUAGUCCAUAAAAGUAUACCACCAACUUGGAAUAUGGAACCUGAAAUGCAGACUUAUAUGGUAGAGGCUAUAGUAAGUUUACUGAAAGAAGCAAAAAUACCGCAGUUGGAGCAGAAAGAAGAGAAAAGAGAUGGCGAGAAGGAAGGCAGAGAAGGUAGAGAAGGAAAGGAAGGAAAAAGUCCCGUACCAGCCUUAGACAAUAUAACAAUAGAAGAAAGACAGCUUCUGGGACGAUAUGGAGUGUGGCUAUUGGUUGGUAGAUGCACUCCAACAGAAAGUACAUUGGUUGAAGUACUUGGUCGUCUGCUAGCUAUGAUUUUUCAUUGGUUCCACAUGACAGCAUACUCAUACGAUGGACAAGAAGAAAGUACCUUAGAGAAACUAAAGACUGAAAUUGUAUGCAACUGGCUACGAAGCAUUAGUCAGACACAUUAUAACCUUUUUAUCUCAUGCCUUUUACCCCAUCCUCCAGAGUAUGCUCGCAUAGGCGGCCAUUGGGAUACACUGUCAUCACGCACAACACAUUUAAAAGACGGAUUAAAUCGUCUUUUUUGCUUAGUACCUUACGAAGUGAUAACUCAAGAAAUAUGGAACUACGUCAUGCCUCACUGGAUGGAGGCUAUCGUUAACGACGUACCCGAAAAAGAAUUAUUCGAACUACGUAUAAUAUUAAACAAAAUUCUUGAUACAGAUAUGAGUCCACUAGGUUUUAAUUCGAAAAAAAUGUAUCAGUUUGUUUCGUUCAGAUUUCAGAAAACCAGUGCCAAAGUACAGCAACAAGCAUUACAGUGGUUACAGGUAAAUGUUGAUUGCUGUUUUUUUUUGCAGACGCUGACUUUGUUGGAAAUCAUAAUUCCUCUAGAUUUACUCUUUACCAUAUUUGGGGAAGGUGUGUCAAACAUGAAAGAAGGUAUAGUAGAAAGUGAUGGUGAACCCAUCACAUUGCACGAUCUCGAAAUACCUAGUAAAGCAGAACGAGAACAGAAAAGAGGAUCAAUUUCACCUCUUAUUGAAGAUGACGAUUCAGGAAAGACAUCAUUUUCAGAUGAGGAAAACAGGCUCUCCCCUCAAGCAGAGUUCGAAACUGAUGCAGAACACAAUCUGUAUUGUUGUCUAUUAAUGCUAGACAUCUUAUUGAAGCAAAUGGAACUACAAGACACUGACAAACACACUGGCUUAAAUUCAUCACUUUGUAAAGAUGUGUGUUGGCUGUUGAAAUGUAUGAUAACGGCAGCUUGGAUAGCGAAUCACUCAUGUUCAUUAAAAUCUGAGUGCACGUACUGUGAAUCUAGCAUCAUGUGGCAUCAAUUAUCAUUACAAAUAUUGAAAUAUCUUUCACCCAUUUAUCCAGCUUAUCCGCCUGACCCACCUUUAGAAGAUAACUACGACGAUCUGCACAGCCGACGGAGCCCUCCAGAGAGCGACAAAAAAGAAGCCAAGAGUGAUGCUGUAAUAACCAUGCCAAUUCCAGAAGUCCAUUCUGUUGGAGGCGUCAUAGUACACAUGCCACACGUGUGUUCUGUACGAGCAGUAUUCAAACUUAAACCAAUAAAUCAUUUAUUGGUUUGGGUUCCACCAUAUGUCCUUUGA